AUGCUCAACAUCUUGUUUGAUGUAGCUAAGACUGUUUCGCUGAGGGAUGAUGCUCGCUUAUUUGAAUCAGUAAUGGGGAUAGUGAGGCAGUUGUUCAUAUCCUCGAUCCUGCGGAAUACUGUAGAGACAGCUAUAGAGGAUGAAGACGAUGCUGAGACAGUGGUGGCGCCAACUAGGCCACCACCCAGAGCGCCAGCACCAAAGGCUGGAGCUCUGAGCUUCGAUAAUCUUGAAGUUGUGGCGCAAAGUUUGGGUGAACUUUUGUCGGAGCGGUGGCUCAUUCUGAACUUGCAUACAUUAGGAAUAAUUGUUGACAUCAUGGUGGAUCAUUUGCAAGCGCAGUAUGGUGCCGGCUGGAUCGGCGAACAGGGCGCGGAUGUGCGCCUACGUAUAUUUUCGGCGCUGCUGUCGAUCCACUGCUGUCCUAUAACUAAUCGUCUGACCUAUCAUGGUCUUGGUGAAGAUUGGCCUCGUGUGAAUGUGUACAUAACCCGGGCAAAUGCUAACGCUUCGGACGAAGAGCCUGGAUUUUCAUGGUCGCCUAUUUGCACUGUAGUGACUAUGGCAGCCAAGCAGGACACUUGAGCUGAACUUGGCCAAAUUUCGCAGUACUUUGAUGACAACCUCCCACAAAGUGAAGUAGAUGAGAAGCAACUCAAAAGCCAAAUAGCCAAGUUUCUUCCGCCCAUACUUUGCACAUUGCUCAACUACCCAUGUCGUCAAGAACUGAGAAAUACUGAACUUUGUAAGAUAUUGGUGGAUUGUGUGGCGCAGGAAAGUAUGGAA